CGGCGGUCGUGCGCUUGGUCAACACCACGACUCCACCCGAUCCAUUUACUCAUCCCAAAAGCUGGAGUAUCUCCUACCAAAUCCUUACCCAGAAUGACCAUUGAAUUAGAAGAGCCUCCACUUGCCAGCAAUGCACAGGUCAUAAAGGACUUGGUCGGUGGUACCAUGGGUGGUAUUGCGCAGGUCUUGGUGGGCCAGCCUUUCGAUACUGUUAAGGUCAGAUUGCAGUCUGCUCCAGAAGGAACCUACAACGGGGCUGUGGACGUAAUUAAGAAGUUGUUAAAAGAUGAGGGUCCCAAAGGAUUUUAUAAGGGUACCUUGACCCCGCUUAUUGGUGUUGGUGCUUGCGUUUCAGUGCAGUUCAGUGUCAAUGAAUAUAUGAAGAGAUACUAUGAUGACAAGUUGAACGGUGCCCCAUUGUCGUUGACCCAAUUCUUUACAUGUGGUGCAAUUGCUGGGUUCGCUAAUGGGUUCUUGGCUUCUCCCAUCGAACAUAUCCGUAUCAGAUUGCAAACCCAAACCGGCAGUGUCAAACAGUUUCAUGGUCCUAUCGAUUGUGGUAAGAAAUUAGUGGCAGCAAAUGGUUUAUACAAGGGAUUGUUGCCCACACUUGUCAGGGAAAGUGUAGGUUUGGGUAUUUAUUUUGCUACCUAUGAAGCAUUAAUUGCUAGAGAAUUGAAGGGUACUACUUUGGCAAGAAAUGAUAUCCCUGGUUGGAAAUUAUGUGCUUUCGGUGGAUUGUCUGGUUACACCUUGUGGAUUGGUAUUUACCCUAUUGAUGUGAUCAAGUCCAAAUUGCAAACCGACUCUUUGAAGUCCCCUACCUACAAAGGAAGUUUGAGUGUCUUCAGGGAUGUGUGGGCCAAGAAAGGUAUCAAGAGUUUCUACAGAGGCUUCAUUCCUACCAUUUUGAGAGCAGCACCAGCAAACGGAGCUACUUUUGCUGUCUUUGAAUUGACCAUGAGGUUGUUGAAUUGAAAUGUUACCUAGAUUCUUACAAUAAUUUAUAGAUGUAUAUUAAUUCUAUUAUUAAACCGCUAGAG